AUGCAUAGCUGCAGUAGUGAUAGUGAGUCAGAUGUUGGUAAAUCCCCACCAAGAAAGAAGAAAGUAGUGAGAUACGAGCAAAAAUUUAUUGACUCUUGGCUCAGCGACGAAAAGUUUAGUGGAUGGCUCGCAAAAAGUAAAAAAGGUAACACUUAUUUUUACUGCUCUGCAUGCGACUGUGAUCGUACAUGCGGAAUUCAAGAAUUGACGAGACACAAAAAUUCGUCAAAGCACCAAGCAAACUGUAAAAAAAUACAAAAGCAACCUAAGCUUACAUCUUUGUUCGCAUCGACAUCAAAAUCACAGGAACCGCAGCAAAUGGCAAAAGUCGGCGAAAUUAAACUAGCAUGUUUUAUUGCGGAACACAACCUAGCAUUUAAUGUUGCCUCACAUCUGACUAAUUUAAUAAAAUCGGUGUGUCCAGAUUCAAAAACUGCUGAAUAUUUGUCUAUGAGCCGAACAAAAGCAAGAGCUAUUGUAGUAAAUGUGACAGGAAAAACCGCUGAAGAAAGCUUGAUAAAAAAUUUAAGGGAAAACGAGUUUGCAUUGCUGGUAGAUGAGAGCACUGAUAAGUCGACAAAUUGA